UUAAACGUCAAACAUGAACAAAAAUGCUUCACAUAUUUGUAUAGGGAUAAUUUAUAUUCGUUGGAACUGGAUAUUAACGUCGAUUUUCUCGAUGGGAAGUGGCAUAUUCUAACGGAUCCGGGAUGACAAAGACAAUGGGAUACCGAGACUGGAGAUGGCAGGCGCUUUGGUGGCAUCAUUUCUUUCUCUUGUGGAUUACAAUAAACGGACAGACUCGUUACAGCAUCCCGGAGGAACUGAAACAGGGCUCUGUGGUAGGAAAUCUAGCCAAAGAUCUGGGUUUGGGACUAACAGACAUUUUUGAUCGUAAUUUGCGAGUCUCCUCGGAAGCUGAUAAGCAGUAUUUCAGUGUGGAUGCAGGGAAGGGCGAGCUGCUGGUGAACGACAGAAUAGACAGGGAGGCUUUAUGCGGACAAAGAGCCAGCUGUGUGUUGCCCCUACAAGUUGUUCUUGAAAACCCGCUUAGUUUACAUCGAAUUGAGGUAGAAAUAAAAGAUAUAAACGACAAUUCGCCUAGUUUUCAUACAAAAGAACUGUCCUUGCAAAUCUCUGAAACGGCAGCAGUUGGAACUCGUUUUUCUUUGGAGAGUGCAGAAGAUUCUGACGUCGGAAGUAAUUCAGUUAAAUCCUAUAUUUUGACUAAAAAUGAAUGUUUUACAUUAAAAAUGAAAGAAGUUGAAGAUGGUAAAACAGUUCCGGAGUUAGUGUUAGAGAAGCCCCUGGACCGGGAGAAAAAAGCAGUUCAUCAGCUGCUACUAACCGCCUUAGACGGGGGAAAUCCAGUCAUGUCUGGAAUAUCACAGAUUACUGUCUCAGUGCUUGAUGUAAACGACAAUUUCCCUGCCUUCGAUAAGAAUAUAUACAAAAUUAUGUUGAGGGAAAAUAGUGCGAAAGAUACAUUCGUUACACAAAUUGCAGCAACUGAUGCUGACGAGGGUUCUAACGCAGAGGUUGAGUUCUCUUUUUCGUCGCGGACACCGGAUUCAGUCUUAUCAGUAUUUGAAAUCAAUUCAUUAACAGGGGAAAUAUAUUUGAAAGGAAACUUGGAUUAUGAAAAAUCGACGUUCUACAAAAUUGAAAUAACUGCGACGGACAAGGGGGUUCCUCGCAUGGAGAGUCACUGUCGCCUGCAGAUAGAUGUUGUAGAUGUAAAUGACAACAAUCCAGAAAUUGUUCUCACAUCUGAACCGCAGCCGGUGCGUGAAGACUCACCAAGUGGGACGGUGGUGGCUUUGAUCAACGCGCGUGACGCUGAUUCCGGUAAUAAUAGUAAAGUGACUUUGCGACUUCAUAGAGGUUCUCCUUUUAUUCUGAAACCAUCAUUCUCUAAUAAUUAUGCACUGGUUACAAGUGGUGUAUUAGACCGAGAGAAGUUCUCCGGGUAUAAUAUUGAGAUAAUAGCCACUGAUUCAGGCUCUCCUCCUCUAUCCAGUAAGAAGAUUAUAUCUGUCAGCAUCACUGAUGUGAACGAUAACCCGCCUAUAUUCACUCAGCCCUCGUAUAAUGUGUAUUUAAAAGAGAAUGGGGUACCAGGCUCUAUCCUGUACUCAGUAUCAGCAUCUGAUGUGGACUUUGGUGAAAACGCCAAAAUCUCUUACUCUAUACUGGACUCCAGAGUGCAGGACGUUUCUGUCUCAUCGUAUGUUUACAUCAAUUCAGAUAACGGCAGCAUCUACAGCAUGCACUCGUUUGACUAUGAGAAACUGAAGGUGCUCCAGAUUCAGGUUCAGGCAAAGGAUCAGGGCUCUCCGUCUCUCAGCAGCAACGCCACCGUCCAUGUUUUUAUCCUGGACCAGAACGACAACGCCCCCGCGGUUAUUUACCCCUCCUCCGCUGCCCUGGGCUCCCUCUCUCAUCAGAGGAUGCCCCGCUCCGCUAAAGCGGGUCACCUGGUUACCAAGGUGACGGCCGUGGACGCUGACUCGGGCCACAACGCCUGGAUCUCCUACAAACUGGCGGAAGCCACAGACGCCUCUCUGUUCGCUGUCAAUAUGUACACAGGGGAGGUGAGGACCAAACGCGCCGUGUCCGAGCAGGACGACUCCUCUCAGAGGCUGCUUAUAGAGAUCAAGGACGACGGAGAACCGGUCCAGUCCGCCACCGCUACGGUGUCCAUCCUGCUGGAGGACGGCCUACAUGAGCCCAUAUUAGACCUCCGACAUAAACUGCACGAGCCCAGCAAGAAAACUGGGAGAAUAACUCUUUAUUUGAUUCUCUCUCUGGCCUCGGUGUCCGUGCUGUCUCUGCUGACUUUUCUCAUCUUAGCGGUUAAAUGCGUGAGGAACAGCAGAAGCAGCGGUAGUUGCUGCAUGGGAAGGACUGACUGUGAUGAUUACAAGAACCCCAACAGAAACCUGCAGAUUCAGCUCAACACUGAUGGACCUAUAAAGUACGUGGAGGUCCUGGGAGGAGACAUGUUGUCUCAGAGUCAGUCCUUCAGGUCCUGCAUGUCUCCAAUGUCUCCAAUGUCAGAGUACAGUGAUUUCACAAUGAUCAAACCCAGUAGCACCACUGACUUUAACGAGGUGAUCAGUGUUCUGGAUGCGUCUCUACCCGACAGCACCUGGACCUUUGAGAGCCAGCAGGUGAGCAAAACAACCACAUAAUACUCAAGGAAACAAUAAUAGUUUUGUU